AUGAGUAAUAAAAUCUAUAAAAAUAAUAUCAAAAGCCUUUAUUAAACACAAAUAUCACGUGCGAAAGAUAUAUUUAAAACCUUAAUUAACUAUCAAUUCCAAAUAAAUUCAAUUCAAUAUUAAAAAUAUGAAGAAGCAAUUCAAAUUGAUAAUUGGGAAAGUUAAUACACUUAGAAUAUCAAAUAAAGGGAUAAACGCAAAAAAACAUAUCAAAAUAGUUAAAAACACUAAGAUUUUUCUAUUUAAUAAAGUCAUGAGGAUCCAAAUGAUUUUUAUAGAAAUGGUAAAGAACUCCUACAUUAUUCAUUAGCAAAGAUUUUAAGAAAUUUGAAAAGGUUUCAGGAGGCAUUAGAAUAUUAUGACUGUGCUAUAUAAAAAAAUCCUUAAAAUCCAAAAGCCUAUAAUUGUAAAGGCAAUACUUUAAAACAGUUGAGUAGAUAUGAAGAGGCGUCAUAAUACUAUGAUCAUGCUAUUGAAAAAAAUCCUUAAAAUCCAAAAUAUUAUUUCAAUAAGGCAAAUAUAUUAGAUGACAUGAAUAAAUUUGAUGAAGCACUAAAAUACUAUGAUUAAACCAUUUAGCUAAAUCCUGAAGAUCCCAACGUUUACAAUAAUAAAGCAUUUACAUUAAGAAAGAAAUUCAUGUUUGAAGAAGCAUUAGCAAAUUAUGAUUUGGCAAUUUUAAAAAAUCCUCAAAAUCAUACAUUCUACAUCAGCAAAGGUAUAAAUAAAAAUAUUUCUUAAGCAAAUACAUUAUAUGAUAUGAAAAGAUUUGAAUAAGCAUUAGUAUACUAUGAUUAUGCGAUUUAAAUUAAUCCUGAAGAUCCAAAAGCAUACAAUAAUAAAGCAAAUAUUCUAAAAGAGAUGAAAAGAUUUGAAGAAGCAUUACAGAAUUAUGAUUUGGCAAUUUUAAAAAAUCCUGAACAUCAUGAGUUCUAUGGAAAUAAAGGUAUAAAUAAAAACAUUUCUUAAGCAAAUACAUUAAAAGAUAUGAAAAGAUUUGAAGAAGCAUUAGUAUAAUAUGAUUAUGCGAUUUAACUUAAUCCUGAAGAUCCAAAAAUGAAUAUCAAUAAAGCAAACACAUUAAAAGUGUUGUUUCGGAAUAAGGAAGCAUUAUAAUAAUACGAUUAUGCAAUUUAAAAAAAUCCUGAAGACCCAAAGGUUUACAAUAACAAAGCAAUAACUUUAAAUCAGAUGAAUAGAUACGAAGAAGCAUUAGAAUGUGAAGAUUGCGCCAUUUCCUUAAAUCCUGAGAAUUCAAAUUAUUACUCGAAUAAAGCAAAAACAUUAAUGAAUCUGCUUAGAUUUGAAGAAGCAAAUCAAAACUAUGAUUUAGCUAUUUAGAAUAACCCUGAAGAUUCAGACUUAUUAAAUAAUAAAGCAAAUGUAUUAGUUCGUUUGGGAAAAUAUGAUGAAGCAUUAAAAUUUUUUAGAUUAUGCAAUUAGUAAUAACCCAAACAAUGCACUUUAUUUUUUUAAUAAGGGUAAUAAAAUCUAAAGAAUUAUGAAGGAAAUGUAUUAGAAGAUCUGGGAAGAUUUGAUGAAGCGUUAUAAUACUAUGACUAUGCAAUUUAGUAAAAGCCUGAUGAUCCAACUUUUUAUUGUAUUAAAGGUAGAAGUAAUAAUAUUUGUAAGCAAAUAUUUUAAUCAAGCAGAAUAAAUAUAAGGAAGCAUUAUAAAUCUGCAAUUAUGCGAUUUAGAUAAAUCCUGAGGAUCCAAACAUAUUAAGUAUUAAAGGAACUGCAUUACAAUAGAUGGGGAACUUUGAAGAAGCAUUGCAAUAUUUUGAUAAAGCUAUUUAAAAAAAUCCAGAAAAAUCACUUUAUUAUAAUGAUAAAGCUAAUACAUUAGAUAAAAUGGGAAGAUAUGCACAAGCUUUGUAAAAUUAUGAUUAUGGAAUUUAGAAAAAUCCUGAAGAUACAGAAAUAAUGUUUAAUAAAGGUAAAAUUUAUAAGUCAUUGCAAGCAAAUACAUUAAUUCGAUUAAAUAAGUUAGAAGAGGCGUUAAAAUAUUUGGAUUUAGUCGUUUAAAAAAACCCCUAACAAUCUUGAAUAUUGUGUCGGUAAAGGCUUAACAUUAUUUAAAUUGAACAAAUUAAAAGAAGCAUUACCAUGCUUCAAAUUCGCUCUUUAAAAAAAUCUUAAUGAUACCUUAAAAUAAUAGCUUGAAAGAAUAAUUCUGAUAAUUGAAGAAACAAUUGCAGAUGAGAUAAUACCUUAGUAAAUUUGA